AAGGGCAGCGCGGAUCUGCAGGUGCGCCAAACCUUACGGUAUUUUACUGUUUCCCCAGUAUUAACGUGGCUUUCCUUACCCUUCUUAUCAGAGAAGGGCGCUGGUCUACCCUGGUGAGGGGGUGUUCGUUCGUGUGUGUAUGUCACAUCUGUUGGCAAGCGUGAAAUUGUUCACGGUGAUUGGUUCCUUUGUUUGAGAAUGCAGCUGCUGGCCAAUUAAAACAUGAAGGAUUAAUUUAGCCAAUGACAGCGCUUUACUUCAUCCUGAGGAGGGAGAAGCGCUCAAUUUGAAAUAUUUGAGUUAGUGCGAGGAAGAAGUCUGUCUGUUGCUGCCAUUAUUUCCAGCUCACCGCCACAUUUUGUGAAGAGAAACAAGGUGACCACUUCUUAUUCAUUUCUCUGCCUUGACAGUUAGGUUAGGUGACUUUAGUUAGGUUAGGUUAAGUUAGUUUAGUUUGGUUAUUGUGGUUAGGUUUGGUUAAGUUACAUUUGGUUAGGUUAGGUUGUUUAGUUAGGUUAAAUUAGUUUGGUUAGGUUUUAUUUGGCUUAAUUUAGUCAGGUUAGGUUAUUUAGGUUAAGUUAGGUUUGGUUAAGUUAGUUUGGUUAGGUUAAGUUAGUCUUGGUUAGGUUAGGUUAAGUUAGGUUUGGUUAGGUUAGGUUAGCUAUUUUAAUUAGGUUAAGUUAGCUAGUUUGGUUAGGCCUGUAAGGUGGAGGUUGAGCGGAAUGAUGUCGCUUUUCUCCGGAGUGGUGAAUCUGCUCCACCCGGAUCCUCGUUGCUGGAUCCACUUGUUGCGGUGGAUUGUUACCCUCUAAUUUAAUUCAUUCCCAUCACCACUAACCUUGCUGUUGGAAUGACAGUUCCCACAAACACUCCAUUUAAAUUCAAAUUAUGUUGAAAGGCCGGGGAUAAAUGUGACUCUCUCUCUCUCUCUCUCUCUCUCUCUCUCUCUCUCUCUCUCUCUCUCUCUCUCUCUCUCUCUCUCUCUCUCUCUCUCUCUCUCUCUCUCUCUCUCUCUCUCUCUCUCUCUCUCUCUCUCUCUCUCUCUCUCUCUCCACCUCAGUUAAAUUGUCUGUGUGCAUGAUUUGGUUAGCCUUAGAUGUUAAUGAGUUAGGUAUUCUGUACACAGCAUUAAUACUGUGAUAACAUUUUGAACAGUAAGUAUUCUGUACACAGCAUUAAUACUCUGAUAACAUUUUGAACAGUAAGUAUUCUGUACACAGCAUUAAUACUGUGAUAACAUUUUGAACAGUAAGUAUUCUGUACACAGCAUUAAUACUCUGAUAACAUUUUGAACAGUAAGUAUUCUGUACACAGCAUUAAUACUCCGAUAACAUUUUGAACAAGUAUACCGGGGAAAAACUGUGUUUGUGUCCUUGAUGACCCAGUGAAGUGUGGGUGGGUGACCCAACUUUGGGCUGUGACCCAAGGGUUAAGAACCAUUGAUCCAAGGUGAUGCACUCUUCCAGGCACUUGCUGUGAGAGAGAGGGGAGACCUGUGCACCGCUGUGCUGCACUGUGCUUGGAUGUCCCUGGUUCACUCCUGAGGCUGUACCAUUCUUGUCCCUAUUACCAGGCCAGCAUCCAGGCCGCCGCCCUGCCUGGCACUGACAGCUGUCUGGCCUCCCCAAGGGUCCCUGCAGGACUGGACACGGCGUGUGCUGGCGGGAGUGGUGCUGCGGUGGAGGUCGUGAGGCCAGGCAGCAGCAUGAGAAGCCGGCAGCGGCGGCAACAGCAGCAGCAGCAGCAGCAGCAGCCAGCCUCAGGUGUGGGGAGGCGCAGGUGUGGUGGCAAGAAUUACCUGGAGGCAGGCAGCUCUGUCCACAGAGGAGAGAGCAAGUUUGAGUGCCAGCAGUGUGACAAAACUUUUGUAUCCAGACAUGGCCUUGACUACCACACCCUGACACACAGUGGUGUUAGAAAUUAUGAGUGUGGUGAGUGUGGGAAGAAAUUUACCCAGAAGUCUUCCCUCACCAGACACACCCUGACACACAGUGGUGUUAGAAAUUAUGAGUGUGAUGAGUGUGGGAAGAAAUUUACCCAAAAGUCUCACCUCACCACACACUCCCUGACACAUAGUGGUGUUAGAAAUUAUGAGUGUGGUGAGUGUGGGAAGAAAUUUACCCGCAAGUCUCAUCUCACCUCACACACCCUGACACACAGUGGUGUUAGAAAUUAUGAGUGUGAUGAGUGUGGGAAGAAAUUUACCCACAAGUCUUCCCUCAAGACACACACCCUGACACACAGUGGUGUUAAAAAUUAUGAGUGUGAUGAGUGUGGGAAGAAAUUUACCCACAAGUCUUACCUCACCACACACACCCUGACACACAGUGGUGUUAGAAAUUAUGAGUGUGAUGAGUGUGGGAAGAAAUUUACCCACAAGUCUUCCCUUAACACACACACCCUGACACACAGUGGUGUUAAAAAUUAUGAGUGUGAUGAGUGUGGGAAGAAAUUUACCACCAUUUCUCAUCUCACUAAACACGCCUUCAGACACACUGGGGUGAGGGAGUUCGAGUGUGAUGUUUGUGGCAAGUGUUUCAAGACAAAGGGUGAGAUUGCCAAGCACGUGAAGAUCCACUUCUGAGGUGGUGGUGGUGUGGACACAUGGGGCCACACCUGUACCUGUGGUGGUGGUGGUGGUGGU